AACCACUUCGCUCGUGAUGAUUUCCAUAUGAUUCAUUCAAUACUUAUUUUACAAAAAUAUUGUACCUUUCAACGUCGGACGUGUCGGUCGUGUUCAAAUAGAAGUGUUUAAAUGUGGGUUCCAAGAGUGAAUAGCAGUAGAAAACUUGAACAGCAACAUUGGCAAGAUUUCUCUAACUGUUUCUGCUUGAUAGUGCACUAUCGUGGCUGUGUUAUAUGAAACGAAAAUAGGAGGUUUUUCUUUAUAGUUAAAGAAUUUUUCUCUCAAUUUUUCAACGAUCGUCUGCAGGGAGCGAAGUUGGUGUAUUACUGAAUUCGUGAAAAGUGAGAUUAACGGCAGUCUAGUCUGAAAUAUCGACAAAGCACGCUCUGCAUAAUAGAGAAUUGGAUGUGAGUGAAAAUUCGAUUGGUUUUGACAGAGAAGGAGUGCAUUACAAGUUGUGGAAUUUACAUUGGAAAGGCAUGUAAAAAUGUAAAUAAGUAGGAAGAAUGCGUGGAAAGUGUAGCUAGUGCAAAUGUCAAAAGCCCUGCUACCUCUAUUUGUGAACGGAUUACUAGAAAUAUCGCAAUAAUCAACUUUGUGCAAAUUCAUGUACGGCACAGCGAAGGAAGGCAACAAUAGAUUUCGGUUUCAAAAGCUUGGAUUAGUUCUGGAUCAGGUGCUGAGUGAGUAACAAAGCGGCGGAUUGUUUUCCAUUGGUACAGGAAACAACUCGCGAAAACUAUUCCGGAACAAUGGCCAGGUUAACUGAAGAAAUGGUUAUAGCACGGUCUAAACAGUCUGACCUUGCGGCGAUUAAGAAGCUGAACUGCUGGGGAAGUGAACUAAGCGAUGUCUCCAUCAUACGUCGCAUGCGUGGUGUGGAAGUAUUAGCGUUCAGUGUAAAUCGUAUAAGCACAUUGGGGGACUUUGAAAACUGUUUAAACCUCCAGGAGUUGUACCUCAGGAAGAAUAACAUAACGGACAUCGAUGAAUUGAUAUAUUUACAGAAUCUACCCAAGCUCAAAUAUCUGUGGCUGGAAGAAAAUCCACUUGUUGAUAAUGCUGGACCAAGUUAUCGUCAAAUCGUACUCAGAGCGUUGCCAAAUCUUAAGAAAUUAGAUAACGUAGAUGUGACCCCAGAGGAAGUAUCUGAAGCUAUGCGUUCGCCAGUGGUUUCACAUCAGCCGAGGCACGAAGCCUAUGAGGAUCCUCCUCAUCCAGCCGUCACACAGCAGCAGCAACAGUGCCGUAAUCAAAGCCCGGUCAUUGAGCAAACACAAACUAUCACUCCAUCGUCUGCGCCCAUGCUGCCACCGCAGCAUAUGAGCCCUGAAAAUACGGAAUCGGAGUGCAUCAGUGACCCAGCUGAUCGUGGCUCUUUACCAUCGUCUCCACUCCAGAGAUCACCGGGAUCCGAUCAAGACAGUCCCGUAUCUGGAUAUAGGGAGCGUGUACCAAUAGCCCCCAGCAUCUCUACACACUCAAUGAAGGAAUAUUAUCAGUCUGACUAUCAACGACAGAAUCCGCCCGCACACUAUCGGCAUAGCCAGCUUGAUUUAACAGAAUGGGAUGACAGCAAUCAGAAUCCCCAACAUUUGAACAACAACAACAAUGGCCACUCAUCCAAUCAUAUCAACAAUUAUCAACCACACCAAAAUCCACCACAACACAACCAAGCAAGCUAUCAGCAAAAUCGACGAAGUAUCGGAGGAAAUAGCGAGAGGGACUUGUACCAAUAUCGCAAUAGUAACGGCAAAGGACACGAUUCGCGAGAUGAGUGGGAAGAUGUUGACCGCCGGAGAAAUGAAAACAGGAGAUCGGAUUCGAGAUUCAAUGAUAGUGCAAGUGUGAUAUCGAAUGCAGUUCUCAACCACUUCGCAGGGGUUCACCGAAGGCCUGUCAACAGAAACUCAAAUCUGCUCUCUGCUACCCUGUGUUUGGUGAAGGAAUUAGACUACCCAAGUUUAGAAGUAGUUGAACAUGCGGUUCGAUGUCGCAUUGAUGAACUGGCAGAGUAACUUGUUGAAAAUACUGUUUUCGUUACUGUGAUGUUCAUCUACACCCUCGGUAAUAACUCAACCUGGUUUUUGUAUGAACUAAGCAAACUGCUGUUAAUAAUAUUUCGGUUAACUUUCUUUAUUGUAAUUGAUUUUGUUGAAAACUGAUCCAUCCGUUAGUUAUCUUUGUAUACUCAAAACUUUUCGAUACCUUUCUUGUGAGCAAAAAAAAAUAGAAAUGGCCUUGAUAUGUAUUGUGUAACAGUUUCCAGGUAGUAGAAACUGAUAACUUAAUUAAUUUGUGAUUUACAGGAUUAAAAAAGACUUAACCAUAUGUCAGCAUGAAUGUGAAUGUGAACGAGCGGAACAUAUGAGAGAAGAAAGAGUUACAACCAAUGUAUGGCAUAAAACUACAAUGAACAAAACAAAAUAAUCUGCCAACUUUAAAAUAGUGGAUAGAGCUAGAAAUAACUCAGUAUGAAAUGAAAUCAUUAAUUUGAUACCCAAUCAUCAAUUCUUUGCCAUCGAAUAUUUUCAAAUGGGUCAUUGCGUGAAAUAAACUGCCAAUGAACACCUUAAGUUAAAUUUGAAGUUAGAUUGCGAGUAACAUGGGGUAUAAUGAGAAAAAAUGACUCUUGUAAGGAAUUACUUUGUCUUAAUGUUGUUCAUUUCACGCAAUGAUACCAUGAAAGAUUAAUACUGGAUGCAAAGUUCUUGUUCUACAUUGCGACAAACCUCAGAGUAACAAAGCCUCGUUGUGGUUUUCACCACUUUCUAUUUUUUUCCGCAGCUUUAAAAUUAGCGGUUUGUUUAGAAUAUUUUGCAGAGAACAGUCCAAUAUCAGUACAAAUAAUAGGUGGAAUCGAGGAAUGUUAGUUACGUGAAAACGGCUCCAAUUUUUCUUAGAGACGCAAAAAAAUGUGGCAGCAAAUGAAGCAAAUAUCCAUUAAGACUGGCUGAGAGAGGUUCAGUGCGAGAAAGUAAAUGCACGUUUGUGUUCAAAGUAAUUUGUGUUUCUUUCAAGUGCUUUUAGAGUAAUCUGUUCCUGACUUUGUGCAAUCAAUACCAGUCGGAUGCGAUUUGGUCCUCAACGGAAUUUUUGGUUUUAAUGUUUGAAAAAUGAUUGGGAAGGUUCAAUUUUCGUGAAUCGAGAUUGUUGAAUUAGAACGUUUUAAACGUUAGUUAAAUGGUACGUAGAAAAAAGCGAUCAGCAUAAUACAAUAAUUUAAUAAAUAACUAACUAACAA